AUUAAUUUGUAAUGGCAAGAAGCAACAUGAAGACUUACACAAUUUUAUUGUCUCUGAUCUUGGGAUUUGUGCUGGCUGGAGGAGAUAAGACUGAGGUCAAGGCUGUGGAGGGAAUUGUGAAAGAUAAUUCACAGAAUAAGUGUGAUGAUGUUUGCUUUACAGAAUGUGAGAAUUCCGGUUCUGAAAGUUGUUUCUCACAUUGUAAUUGCCCUGAGCCUCCAAGCCCAACCAAUGAAGAUCUAUUUUCACAAAACCAGUGUUAUGCUGCUUGCAGCAUGGAAUGUGCUUCAAUUGGAACACUAGACGAGAGAUUAACUUGCGUCCAGAACUGCCCUUGCCAGUGUAAUACUAUUUGCCAAAACCAUUGUAGAAGUACUGGAUUGAACACUACCUGUAACGGCAUCUGCGGAUGUCCUAAGCCAGAGCAAACUCAGGAAAAUGCUUCAACUGAGUCUGAGCAAACAAUAGCUGAUGAUCAAGAACAGAAAGAAGAGCAAUCUCAAACAGAAGAGACUACUAAAGAGAAAGCUGUUGAUCAUAGUAGUUCACAAGAAAAGAGCCGCAAUGAAGAUCAUGAAGAGAAUCAUCAUGAAGGCCAUGAUGAUGAACAUGAUGAUGAGCAUGAUGAUGAGCACGAUGAUGAGCACGAUGAUGAGCACGAUGAUGAGCACGAUGAUGAUUAUAAAGAAAAACACUCAGAAGAGAAAGAGGAUCAUGCCCACGAAGAGCACAAUAUCUUAGCUGGUGCAGCUAAAGAAAUCCAAAAUGCUGCUUCUAAUUCUGCCACAAUGAAAUCAGUUGAAGAAAUUGAGAAUAAGAUUAUCACCGAUCUUAUAGAUACCUUUAAGAAUGAAAAAGUCACAGACUUAAAAGAAAUUGCUGAAGUGGAGCAUAUCUCAUCUGAGAUUGACUCUAAGGAUACCUCUUUCAGUUUACUUGUUCAAGAGAUGUUAGACGAUUCUGAGAAAUGUCAAGGAAAAUGUUGGAGACAAUGCUUAACACUUGGAAUAGAUACAAAAAUCUUGAAAUGUGCUCAAGACUGUGGAUGAGCUGAAGACAGUUAUCAACUUUUGGAAGUGAAAAACCACAUCGCUAAGAUGCCUCCAAGAGAUCAUUCUGGGUCCUACAAGGCUCUGUUCUUAUUCAUGCUUUUAGCAGGAUUUGCUUGAGCUCUACUCUGGUAUGUUGACUCAAAAUACAACAAUUCAGAGAUAAAAAGAAAGACAAAAAGUGAAGACCAAGAACUAGGUGAGGCUGGUUAUGAAAGACUUGACUAACCAAUAUGUAUUCAAUACUCCAUCCA